CUAUCAAAAGGAAAUAGGAUCAUGGCAGCAGAUGAUGACAAUGGUGAUGGAACAAGUUUAUUUGGUGUCUUUUCUGCUUCUCCUCUUAAUAAGGAUGAAGGCUCUUUGGACAUAUAUGCUGGAUUGGACAGUGCUGCUUCUGACAUUCCUUUCACAUCCUCUGUACCAUCCAGAAAUUGUUUGGAUUUAUAUGAAGAGAUCCUGACUGAGGAAGGAACUGCAAAGGAAGCAACAUAUAAUGAUUUGCAACUAGAAUAUGAAAAAUGUCAGCUGCAGAUGAAAGAACUGAUGAGAAAGUAUAAGGAAAUACAGACACAGAAUUGCAGCUUAAAAAAUGAAAACCAGUCUCUGAAGAAGAAUAUUUCAGCACUUAUCAAAACUGCCAGAGUGGAAAUAAACCGCAAGGAUGAAGAAAUAAGUAAUCUUCACCAAAGAUUGUCUGAAUUUCCACAUUUUCGAAAUAAUCAUAAAAUUUCAAGGUCAUCAGAUACAGUUAGAGCUAAAGAUCUUAAAUCCAGAUCUCCUCAUUUGGAUGAAUGUUCAAAGACUGAACCUAGAGUGAAAAAUGAUGUCUCUAGGGAUGUGCAUCAUAGUGCUUCACUGCCAAACCCUGGAAAAGAAGGAAAAUCAAAUCCUGAAAAAAGGAGCACUUCACUUUUGCCAACAUCUACUGAAAAACAUUGCACUAAUGGCGUUUGGUCACGUUCUCAUUAUCAGUUUGGUGAGAGUAACUCAAGUGAAGAUAAUAGAAGAGAAAAAAAAGAUACUAGACAUACCCAAUAUAGUGGAGGAACUGAUAGAGUACGCAGAGACUUUAGUACUAGCUGUGGUGAUAGUGAACCAAGGAAUACAGAGACAAAUCAAAGGCUACAAGGACGUCCAGAGAAAUUCGAUAAAGGUGAACCAAAGGCUGAAGGCAAGCAUUCAAAGUUUAAAAGUAACACAGAUCCGGAUCAUCAGAGUGAACAUGGUAACUCCUCUUGGGAGAAAGACAUUUCUAGAGAAAGGUCACACAUUAGAGUGGAGUCUCAAAAUGACAGAAGACUAGAGAGACAACAUCAAAGAUCACAAAAUAUAAACAGAAAGGACCUUAAAACCCAGGACAAAGAAGAAAGAAAAAUGAAACAAAACCCCAAGUCAUUGGUAAAGCACCAGGAUUACUGGAGAAGAUCAAAACAAACUUUACUUCCUCAUUCCAGGAAUGAGAUAACAAAGUCUUCUUAUAAUUCAGGUAAAUACCACCUGGAAGAGAGAAGAGGAAGGGAAGAGUGUAAAAGAGAGAGAGGCGUAAGCAGCCAUAGUUUUCAAGAGGGAAGAUGUUCAUCUUUACUUUCAAGCAAUAGAGCUUACAGACAUGCUGACUCCAAGGAUACUGAUGGUAUGCACCAAUGGGAGAAUGCACCUUUAAAAACAGAAAGGCAUAGGACUGAAGAGAAGAGGAAAAGAGAUCAAGAAAGUAAAGAUGAAAACAGACAUAUGAGAAAUGAAAAAAAAACACCCACAGAACAUUUACAGAAGACUGAUAAAGAAACUAAGAAAACUGUUACUGAUUUAAAGAGACAGAAUGAGCCAAAAAAUUCUAAAAGUGAAAUUUCUGAGAGAGUAGAGGACAAAGAACUUACAGUGAAAGGUGAGAGUGGUCCAAAUGAAACAAACAGCAAAGACUUUAAGUUGAGUUUUAUGGAAAAAUUGAACUUAACACUUUCUCCUGCUAAAAAGCAGCCUCUUUCUGAGGAAAAGAGUCAUAAAAGAACUGAUGGUCCCAAAUCCAAUGAUGCUUGUAAUUUGGAGUCCUCCAUGCAGGCUGAAACAGUUCCAUCUUCUAGUGAACAUAUCACAGAGGAAACCAAACCAAAGGUAGAAGCGAAAGAUGCUCUUUCAGCAGCAUCUGAACAUAGGCUCAAGACUCCAGAAAGCAAAGUGGAGGAAAAAAAUAGUCUCUUCGUUAAAUCUGUUGAGAAGCUUGUGCCUUGUGAUGUGUCUCUUUGUAGUGUAAAGACUUGCUUACCAGUACCUGUGGAAACAAACUAUUCACAGCCGUUAUCAACAGAAAGGAAAGAAACAGUUGAUAGUCCAAAACCCACCACUGUAGUAAUGGAUACAUUACAAAUAGAUACUUCCCAAAACUGUGACUCGAAAUUGGAUACCAAAACAAGCAGUGGUUUGAAAUCUUCUGUUUCUGAAACUAUGGAAAUUAAAGCGAGUUUUUCAGCAAAAGUGGCUGAAUCCAGAAAAUGCACUACACAGCCAACAUUUGGAGAAACUGGCAUUUUGCCAGUGAUAAUUUCAGAAGCUAGGAACCCAAAACUUGAACCUUCUUUGGAUACACCACUUGUGGAGAGUAAGUCUCACCACAUAGAGCCUUGCUUACCAAAAGAAACCAUAGAAUCUUCAGUGCAGAAGACUGAGUUAAUGGAUUGCUCAGCAGAAAUUGGUGAAACAAACUCAGUGUAUCAUGAUGAUGAGAAUUCAGUUCUGAGCAUUGACUUUAAUCACCUGAGACCUAUUCCAGAAGUCAUCAGUCCUCUGAAUAGUCCAGUGAGACCUGUGGCCAAAGUUCUUAGACUGGAAAGCCCAUCUCAACUGCCAUUAUACAAUAAUAGUCAUAAAGACGUCUCUCCAGUAAAUUCAGCUCAUUCUACCUCCAAGACUCGGUCUGAUGAUCUCAAUAAGGAAAAUCAAAAACCAGUUUGUAAAACUGACAAAUGUACAGUAGCAGACUUUCAUAAAAAUUCAUCUUCAGAUGAAUUAGAAGAAGGAGAAAUUGUAAGUGACAAUGAAACCGCUCAACCACAGAAAAAUUUUGAAAACAGUGACAAACCUAGAACUUCUGUUCAAAUCGAGAAUUCAAAGACUAACCAGGGAAGAAGGAAAAGUACUGUGCAUUUGGAUGAGGAUAAUAGAAAAACAUCUAUAAAGACCCAUCAUCAUAUCAGUAACAGAUGCAGUAAGAGACUGACUGAAGCUCGCCAAGCUUCAAAACUAGGGAAGAAAGAUAAAACUAUGAGUACUGCCAGCCUGGAAAAAAUUGUUCAAAUUAUUACUGCACCAUCUUCCAUACGAGAAGUUAUGCAGAUGUUAAGAAUGAUAAGAAAACAUGUAAGGAAAAAUUAUAUGAAAUUCAAGGUAAAAUUUUCAUUAAUACAAUUUCAUAGAAUUAUUGAGUCAGCAGUUGUGAGUUUUACAUCACUAAUAAAACACCUUGACUUAUCCAAAAUCUCUAAGUCAGUGACGACUCUACAGAAGAAUCUCUGUGAUAUUAUAGAAUGUAAACUUAAGCAAGUUAAAAAGAAUGGCAUAGUUGAUCGUUUAUUUGAACAGCAAUUACCAGAUAUGAAGAAAAAACUGUGGAAAUUUGUUGAUGAACAACUUGAUUAUUUGUUUGUAAAGCUUAAGAAAAUCUUGGUAAAGUUUUGUGAUUUCAUAAACUUUGGAAGUGACAGCGAUGAUGGAAAAUUUGAAAAAACAAAUAAGGAAAAAGUACAUUCAAAUUGUCAGAAAGGGACUGUGGAUAACUCCACCAAAGAAAUAAUUCAAGUAAACACCCCCAAGUCAGAAAACUCUGUGCAUUUUAAGUCUUUACUAGGAUGUCAAAAAUCUGAAGAAAAACAGCAAAACCAAAGCAACCCCAGCAUUAACACAGUGCAACAUGACAAUAAAAACAGUGUUAAUACCUGUGCCAAUGACAUAAAGAACACUCAAUCCAAAGAACAGGUCGUGGAACUAAGCUGCCCGAGCACUCCAAAGCUAGAAAAAACCGACAAGAGCACUGUAGAAGAUGCUCAGGCAUCUCAGCAUGCAGCUCUGAAGCCAGAACGUGGCUUUGAAAUUCUUACUGAGCAGCAAGCAUCUAGCCUCACUUUUAAUUUAGUGAGUGAUGCACAGAUGGGUGAAAUUUUUAAGAGCCUGUUGCAGGGAUCUGAUCUUUUGGACAGUACUGUUAAUGGUAAUGAAAAAAAUGAGUGGGAGUUAAAAACUCCAGAGAAACAGCUGCUAGAGAGCCUAAAAUGCGAAUCUAUACCAGCAUGUACUACUGAAGAACUGGUUUCUGGGGUGGUUUCCCCAAGUCCUAAAAUGAUUAGUGAAGACAAUUGGUCUUUAUUAUCAUCUGAAAAGGGGCCAUCUCUGUCUUCAAGGCUUUCAUUGCCAGUUCAUCCUGAUGUGUUGGAUGAAAGUUGUAUGUUUGAAGUAUCUAGUAACGUAUCUCUAAGUAAGGAUAAUUUAUGUAAUGCAGAAAAGAGCAAGCCCUGCAUUUCUUCCAUACUUCUUGAAGAUCUAGCCGUUUCUUUAACAGUACCAUCACCUCUGAAGUCAGAUGGUCAUCUCAGUUUCUUAAAGCCUGAAGUUUUGUCUAGUUCAACCCCUGAGGAAGUUAUUAGUGCCCAUUUUAGUGAAGAUGCAUUACUUGAGGAAGAGGACGCAUCUGAGCAAGAUAUUCAUUUAGCUUUGGAGUCUGACAAUUCCAGCAGUAAAUCAAGUUGUUCUUCAUCAUGGACUAGCCGGUCUGUUGCUCCAGGCUUUCAGUACCAUCCUAAUCUACCCAUGCAUGCUGUCAUAAUGGAAAAGUCAAAUGACCAUUUCAUUGUGAAAAUCCGACGUGCAACACCAUCUACCACCCCUCCUCUUAAGAAAAGUAUCAUGACUGAUGAAUCAUUGGCAUAUUUGCCUACAGUGGGAAAAGAAGCUGAUGAUGCAACAGAGAAAGAAUAUAUUUCUUGUGAGAACUCAGUUUUUAAAUCUGUGGCUAAGUUGGAGAAAUCCAGUCAAAACGGUGGUGGUAAUAGAUUGGCUAAUGAAGACCAGAACUCUCUAAUACAAACACAGGUUCCUGAUAUAUAUGAGUUUCUUAAAGAUGCUUCAGGUAAAGUGAAUGAUAGCAAUGAAGGGGCUGAGGAGGGCUUUAAACUGCGUCAAGAAGUUUGGGGACCAAACCCUCCUGAAAUCAUUGAAGAAUUGCCUUCAGUGGAAGAAACGCCACCGUCUGUUGAAAAUCAUCUUCCAAACACAUACAUAGACCUAACAAAAGAUCCAGUCACUGAACCUAAAAACUUGGGAGAAUUCUUAGAAGUAACAGUUCUCAAUAUUGAUCAGGUAGAAUGUUCUGGAGGCAACUUGGAUCAAAAUGCUCCAAUAUUAGACAGCUCCUUACAGUUGGAUACUGUGCGUUCGUUUAUUGAUUUGACACAGGAUGCUUCAACUGAAAGUAAAAAUGACGAUAACCAUUCUGCUGUAGCUGAUGGAGAUGUGGGGUGCCAAGUGAUAUGUGUAGAGGAAGGGAACUGUGAAGAAGAAAAACAGUGUGUGGCAAAAAGGCCCUUGGAGUGCAUUGCGGAGGAAGCCUGUAUUGAUUUGACCACAGAAUCUCUCAGUCCAUGCGAAGUAAAGGAUGAUUUAAAAUCAGUGCCCAAACCAUCAUUUUCUGAUCGCUCAGAGUUGCCUGGGUCUUUGGAUAAUGCCCACAAAAAAAGAAAAAGUGUUUCUGAUCUAAAUAAUUCUACUCAAAAAAAACAAAGAAUGGAAAUAGACUUAACCUGUAAGAAAAAGGUCAAGAAAAUCACUGAAGAAUCUGGUGAGAAUGAUGAAACUUGCCCCAAAAAAGCCAAUAAGAAAAGGACCCCUGCAGUAAAUAAUGACCCUUCAUCACCAAAUGCAAGCCCAGGGAUGCAGGAUUUGCCAGGAGCACCGACCACUUCUCCUCUGAGCCUUUCUGCAAAGAAUGUUAUUAAAAAGAAAGGAGAAAUUAUAGUUUCAUGGACAAGAAAUGAUGAUCGGGAAAUUUUAAUGGAGUGUCAGAAAAGAGGGCCAUCAGUGAAAACAUUUACCAGCUUAGCUGCCAAGUUGAAUAAAAAUCCAAAUCAGGUCUCAGAAAGAUUCCAACAGCUAAUGAAGCUCUUUGAAAAGUUAAAAUGCAGGUAG